AUAGCCUUUGGACCCAAGAAUCGCUCAAUUGGUGCUGCAGCUAAGAGCCAGGUUAUUUCAAAUGCAAAGAAUACAGUACAAAGUUUUAAAAGAUUUCAUGGUCGUGCAUUCUCAGAUCCCUUUGUUCAAGCUGAAAAAGCAAGCCUUGCCUAUGAACUUGUCCAGCUGCCAACAGGUUCAACUGGCAUCAAGGUCAUGUAUAUGGAAGAAGAAAGAAACUUUACUAUUGAACAGGUGACAGGAAUGCUUCUUACCAAAUUAAAAGAGACUGCUGAGAAUGCGCUUAAGAAGCCUGUAGUUGACUGUGUUGUUUCUGUUCCUUGUUUCUACACAGAUGCAGAAAGGAGAUCUGUGAUGGAUGCUACACAGAUUGCUGGUCUCAACUGUCUGAGACUAAUAAAUGAAACAACUGCAGUUGCACUUGCAUAUGGGAUCUAUAAGCAAGACCUGCCUGCCUUGGAGGAGAAGCCACGGAAUGUUGUUUUUGUGGAUAUGGGGCAUUCUGCGUAUCAAGUUUCUGUUUGUGCAUUCAACAAAGGAAAACUGAAAGUUCUUGCUACAUCAUUUGACACAACACUUGGAGGCAGGAAGUUUGAUGAGAUGUUAGUCGAGUACUUUUGUGAAGAAUUUGGAAAGAAAUAUAAACUAGACAUAAAGUCAAAGAUUCGUGCAUUGUUGAGGCUAUACCAGGAAUGUGAAAAACUGAAAAAAUUGAUGAGCGCUAAUGCCUCUGAUCUCCCAAUGAACAUAGAAUGCUUCAUGAAUGACAUAGAUGUCUCUGGAACAAUGAACAGAAGUAAAUUUUUAGAGAUGUGUGAUGGACUUCUUGCAAGAGUAGAACCACCCCUUCGCAGUGUACUGGAGCAAGCCAAGUUAAAGAAGGAGGAUAUUUAUGCAGUAGAGAUAGUUGGCGGUACCACAAGAAUCCCUGCUGUGAAAGACAAGAUCAGUAAAUUUUUUGGCAAAGAAGUUAGUACAACUCUGAAUGCAGAUGAGGCUGUUGCACGAGGCUGUGCACUGCAGUGUGCUAUUUUAUCCCCGGCUUUCAAAGUGAGAGAAUUUUCUAUCACAGAUUUGAUACCGUAUCCUAUUUCUUUACGAUGGAAUUCGCCAGCGGAGGAAGGGUUAAGUGACUGUGAGGUCUUUCCCAAGAACCAUGCUGCUCCAUUUUCUAAGGUCCUCACAUUCUACAGAAAGGAACCUUUUACUCUUGAGGCAUACUACAGUUCUCCCAAGGAGUUGCCUUACCCAGAUCCUGCUAUAGCUCAUUUCUUGGUUCAGAAGGUCACUCCUCAAACAGAUGGAUCCAGUUCAAAAGUGAAAGUCAAAGUUAGAGUUAAUAUCCAUGGUAUCUUCAGUGUUUCAAGUGCAUCUUUAGUGGAGGUUCAUAAAUCUGAUGAGAAUGAAGAGCCUAUGGAAACAGAUCAGCAUGCAAAAGAGGAAGAGAAGAUGCAAGUAGACCAGGAAGAGCAACAAAAGACUGAAGAACAACAGCAGGCCCAACCUGAAAACAAGGCAGAAUCUGAAGAAAUGGAGACUUCUCAGGUUGACUCAAAAGACAAGAAAGUGGAUCAACCUCCUCAAGCCAAGAAGGCUAAAGUAAAGACUACUACAGUGGACCUUCCCAUUGAGAACCAGUUGGUGUGGCAGAUAGGGAAAGCUAUGCUGAACUUAUUCAUUGAGAAUGAGGGUAAAAUGAUAAUGCAGGAUAAGCUAGAGAAAGAGAGAAAUGAUGCCAAGAAUGCAGUGGAAGAAUACGUGUAUGAUAUGAGAGACAAACUCUGCGGUAUUUAUGAGAAAUUUGUUAGUGAAGAUGAUCGAAAUAGUUUUACACUGAAGCUGGAAGAUACAGAAAAUUGGCUUUAUGAAGAUGGUGAAGACCAACCCAAACAAAUUUACAUUGAUAAAUUGACAGAAUUGAAGACUCUGGGUCAACCUAUUCAGGCAAGAUUUCAAGAAUCUGAGGAAAGACCAAAAGCAUUUGAGGACUUAGGGAAGCAAAUUCAACAGUACAUGAAAACUGUUCAUGCAUUCAAAGCAAAGGAUGAACAGUAUGACCAUCUAGAUGAAGCAGACGUAGCAAAAGUGGAGAGGAGUGCAAAUGAAGCUAUGGAGUGGAUGAACAAUAAACUUAAUCUUCAGAACAAGAGAAGUCUUACUUUGGACCCAGUUAUAAAAGCUAAAGACAUUCAAGCUAAAACUAAAGAAUUGACAAGUAUUUGUAAUCCUAUAGUCGGAAAACCAAAACCCAAAGUUGAACUCCCCAAGGAGGAGCAGAAGCCGACUGAACCAAAUGGACCAGUAGAAGGGCAGGGAGAAGCCAACAGUGGGCCCCAGGCUGCUGAGCAGAAUGCUGCUGCCGCUGCCCCAGCAGCCACGGAGAAGAAGCUUCCCGAAAUGGACAUAGACUGAAUUGCAGCUCUUGUUUAUAUUAUUGCAAACUACAAUAAAGCUUUAAGUUGU